UUUGCUCCACGGGAACACAGCAGCUAUUCCUUGACUGUAGAAGCCAGGGAUGGCAACAGAGAAGUCACAGAUAAGCCGGUCUCCCAAGCUCAAGUUCAGAUUCGCAUUUUGGAUGUCAAUGACAAUAUACCUGUCGUGGAAAAUGAAAUGUAUGAAAGAAUGGUGGAAGAAAACCAAGUCAAUGUGGAAGUUAUGCGCAUAAAAGUAACUGAUGCAGAUGAAGUAGGCUCUGAUAACUGGCUGGCAAACUUUACCUUUGCAUCAGGAAAUGAGGAGGGCUACUUCCACAUAGAAACAGAUGAAAAAACAAAUGAAGCAAUUGUAACCCUUAUUAAGGGUCCGUCUCUGAUCAACAACACAGGAGACAGCACCCUGACAGUGCUGAGGCUGGAAAGCAACCACUGA